AUGGAAGAAGGGGGUGAGUUGGCAGAAGAACCAGGUUCAUCCAUAAAUGAGUUGUUUGAGAUGGGUAGGAAGAGCUCGAGGAUGAUGAAUAUGCAGUUGCAAUCCCGAGAGAUGGAAAGAUCUGGUUGUCAGCAGUUUAAUUUGAAGGAUUUGGCUGAAUCGCUAAAAUCGUUAGGAAACAAGGCAAUGCAAUCUAAGAAAUACAAUGAUGCAAUUGAGUUGUAUAAUUGUGCCAUUGCACUCAAUGAAAAGAGUGCUGUUUACUUCUGCAACAGGGCAGCUGCUUACACUCAGAUUAACAAAUAUGCAGAAGCAAUCCAAGAUUGUCAUAAAUCUAUCUGGAUUGAUCCAAACUACAGCAAGGCAUUUAGUCGUCUGGGUUUAAUUUAUUAUGCACAAGGAAAUUACAGAGAUGCUAUUGAUAAAGGGUUUAGAAAAGCCUUGCAGUUGGAUCCAAAUAAUGAGUCUGUCAAAGAAAAUAUAAGGGUUUGUUCUGUUAUAACCUUUCCCUCUGCUUCUCUUGUCGUUUUCUAUGUGACUGUAGCUGAGCAAAAAUUGUUGGAAGAGCAACACCGUGCAUAUCACAACCAGAAUUCAAGAUCAUCUCAAGAAAUUCCGAACCAAUCUGCACAAGGGUCAAGAAGACAGGGGGUGUCACCUCCAUUUUCUUCUAUGCCUAUUAACCCCAGCAAUAUUGCAAGCAUGUUAAUGAACAUGGCCUCAAAUGCUACAAAUGGACAUCAGGGGUCACAUCCUCAGGAAUGGGAAACAGAAGAGACAGAACCCACUACUCAAACUGAAAUUAGAAUUGGGGGAGAGGAUCUAACAGGGGCCUUUCAAACUAUGAUGGAAAUGUUAUCUGGGGCUGUACCUCCAGGACAACCACAAGAUCAAACCACUGGAAGAACAGCACCAAACUAA